CCAAUAUUUCUCUGUGGAGUCCGGACGGUCUCUGUUUUCCCUACCUUCGUCCCUCCCAAUUGCAUCUGUGAAAUCUCUGACAGACCUUCCAUCCCUCUCUCUCUCUCUCUCUCUCUCUCUCUCUCUCUCUCCUCCCAAUAUUCCACCAUAAAAACCCCUCCCCUUUCCACCGCCUCUAUCCAUCUCUCUCUCUCCCCAAAAAAGCACCAAAACCCUUCAAAGAUUCCCUUAAAACACAAUCCAACACUACAAUCUAAGUAGGCUCUAAAACCUCAGCACCCAAAUGUCCCGCCACAACUCCUCCUCCGCUUUUCCGUCUUGCUUCCGCCCCUCCACCUCCACCAACCGCCGCCUCCCACCACCGUCUCCGCUUCCUCCUCCGCCGCCCAGCUCCGGGCAACCCAACCUCACCACGUGCCUCUACCACACAGACCUCGCCCUCUUCUCCCUCACCUGGUCCCGCUCCUUCCUCGGCCGCUCCCUCCACCUCAACCUUCUCCGCCACUCCUUCGAUUCCCCCCUCCCUCCGUCGCUAUCCUCCCCUUCUUUCCACCUCCACAUCAAGCCCUUCCUCUUCUGGAAGAAGCACGGCUCCAAGAAGCUCUCCCCCAACAUUCUCCUCUACUGGGACCUCUCCAGAGCCCGGUUCGGCUCCGGACCCGAACCCCAAUCCGGGUUCUACAUCGCCGUCGUCGUCGACAACGAGAUGACCCUCCUCGUCGGCGAUUUGACCCGCGAAGCCUACGCCAAGACCCGGGCCAACAAAUCAGAGACCUCUCAAAUCCCAAUCUUGAAACGAGAGCACGUCGUUGCCAAGAAAAUCUACACCACGAAAGCCCGGUUCGGCGGAAAAUUGCGGGAGAUCCGAAUCGAUUACGGGUCGAGCGCCGACCCGACCCGGCUAUGCUUCAGCGUCGACGGCCAAAUUGUCCUGCAGAUAAAGCGGUUGAAGUGGAAAUUCAGAGGGAACGAGCGAAUCGAAGUCGACGGGACUCCGGUGCAGAUCUCGUGGGACGUCUACAACUGGCUUUUCGAGAGCGACGGCGACGACGGCCACGCGGUGUUCAUGUUCAGAUUCGAAGAAGGCGAGGAGAUUAAAGAGAACAAUUACCAAUUCGGUCAUCUGAAUUCGUGGAAUUUCGGGAUGAGCGGGAUUGAGUGGCGAAAGAUGGGGAAGAGCUUCUCUUCUUCGUCGGUAUCGAUGUCGUCGGCGGGUUCUUCCGGCGGAAGCUCGUCGGUGAUGGAGUGGGCGAGUACGGAGGAGAGCGAGCUCAACGGCGGUCCUGCUGGUUUUUCUCUGCAGAUUUAUGCUUGGAAAAGGUGAAGUCCAAUCCAGUCCAGCCCAGUCCAAUCCAAUUUAAUUCAUGAAACUAGUACUAUAGUGUGUUUGAGAUGUUAAAUCUUGGUGGGAUUGGAUUAUAUAAUGAUAUAACUGAUUAGCUAGUAAUCUCUCACUAACCCAUUUGUUUGUUGAACAUAAAUCGAAUAAAUUCCGAUUUAAUUGAAGCAUAUAUACAAAAUUCGUAUAUAAUUAGAGCUAGCUAGUUACUAGGCAAGUAGAAGAGAAAACCCAGCUGGUUUUUUGUUGUUGAUUUUUUGUAUUGGGAGAAUUGGUGUAAUUUUCGUACUGUUUGUGUAAUGAAGUUUGUGAAAGAUGAAGAAAAACAUAAGCAUUUGCUCGCC